CCAAAAGUACCCUUACCCCAAGAAGGGUCGUACAGAUCAGAGCAUCAUCUUCCCUCAUCCCUAUGUGACACCCACCUCCCCUCCUACAAAAAUUGCAGCCGGCCGAUAUGCUUCGCUACACCAGACCACCAGUCCACCGUCGCCACUCCCGCAGCAGAUCUGCUUCGCUGCCGCAGAUCAAGAUGAUGGCAUUAGCGUCGGCACUGGCUAGAUUUGCAGCGGCGAAGUUCGGAUCUGCAACGGUGGCGGCCGAAUUUGUAAGGGCGGCUAGCAGGCGGCGGCGGCAAGAUUUGGCGAGAUCCACGAUUACAGUGGUCAGAUCUGCUACGGCAAUGGCCAGAUCUGUAGUUGCGGCGGCGAGAUCUACAGAGGUGGCAAGUUCUGAGGUGGCUGGUGGUGGCUGGUGUUGGUCCGGUGGUGGUCCGGCGUCCUACCGGCGGCGGUCCGGCAUCCUAUCGGCGACAGUGUGUUUUUUAGUCUUCAAGGGCAUUUUUGUCCAAGUACACAUAAUAACUCCUAUUUAUGGAAUUUUUAAACUUUAGUCCUAUUUUAACAAUUAAAGAUUUAUUUACUCCUAUUUAGGUAAAUCUCCCAAAAUAAAAAAG